GUGCGAGAGAAGAGGGAAACGGAGCACCUGGCCGACACGGAGGGGGCUUGGAUCGGGAAAGAGGUCCCAGAGGCAUGAUGCUUCUCCUUGGGCCGUUGAUGUAGGAUGUUAGGAUAUCCAGACCAAGAGGAGCUGACCACCGUGCGUGUUCAAGAUCCUCGUGUCCAGAACGAGGGUUCCUGGAACUCUUACGUGGAUUACAAAAUAUUUCUCCAUACCAAUAGCAAAGCUUUCACUGCCAAGACAUCUUGUGUGCGCAGACGGUAUCGGGAGUUUGUGUGGCUGAAGAAACGGCUACAGAAGAAUGCUGGAUUAGUGCCUGUCCCAGAGCUUCCUGGGAAGUCCACUUUCUUUGCUGGCAAUACGGAUGAGUUCAUUGAGAAGCGGCGGCAGGGUCUUCAGCAGUUCCUGGAGAAGGUGGUACAAAACGUUGUACUCCUUUCCGACAGCCAGCUGCACCUCUUCCUGCAGAGCCAGCUCUCUGUGCCGGAGAUUGAAGCGUGUGUCCAAGGACGGGGCCCCCUGAGCGUCACGGAUGCCAUCCUCCAUUAUGCCAUGUCAAACUGCGGCUGGGCACAGGAGGAGGACGGGCACUCAUCUUUGCUGGCUAGAGGAGAUAUGGGUGGCAGCUUUGACAGAGGCAGCCAUCUUGCCGGAAGCAGCGCCGAGCCCCUCCCUCAUUGGAGUGACAUCAGCAUGGAAGACAGCCAAUUGGAGAGUCCAGAUUCUGAAGAAGAGGCAUGCCCCUCAGCGGGGUUACUGCAGGCGGGCUCCAUGGCAUCAGCCGACCGUGUCAAGGAACCGUGAGAGUCCGGAAGAGCCCCUUUGCUUUGCAGUUGGAGUUGCACGUCGACUUGCAGGCUCUUUCUCAGCGGUUGUGUUGCCUGUCAGGCCCUAGAGGGGAGGUGCUGCUGUGUUGGAUCUGGCGAGCCGAAUGAGCAUCUGGCUUGGACCAGCGAGAACACUGGGGGAACUAAAAUGAACAGCUGAUGCCCAGGGAUCCUGGCAUCGCUCUGAACGAGAUGCAGUCCUCCUGUUUUUCGUCGUUUGAGUCUUCCUGAUCAGAGAGCUGGCUUCCUGCAGGAGCUUUCCCAGCUGAGCGCUUCUUUUCCCCACCACAGCAGAGCGAUCCCACUGGGCAGGGAAAAAGCUCUGCUUUUGGACUGGGUCACAUCCUGUCUCUCUUCUCCCUGCCUUCGUAACUGGUAGGAGACAGCUGGGCUCUGGAGAAAGGUGCAGUCUCAUAGGCGUGUUAAAUUGCUCGCCUGAGGUCGGACUUCCCUCUGGUACGGAGCCAGAGAGCCCACCUGCUGGCCCCGGGUGCCAAGGCCACAUCUGGGUUCCCCUGGUGGAACGGCGUGCCGUUGGGAUGAGUGUCCCAGCUCAUUAGUGUACGUGAUUCUUCUGAAGUCCGAUUAAGAAGAACGUACUAACUCGGGAGAAAAGAAGACAUUUGAUUAUUUUGCAGUUGUCUUGCAUGCCUGAUGCAUAUCCUGGGGAACCGUCUCUUUCUUAGCUACUUCAUUCCCUCGUUGCAGCAUUCAACUUGAAAAGGGAUUGGGGGGGUUCAAGGAACCCUCCCUAAACUAUAGAAGUAAAAUUGCCUUCCUUUACACCCCCUGGUAGGUUCACUGACAAUCUUGCACAGUUGUCACCACGCAACAUCUCCUUAUGACUUGCUCACUGUGUUCAACUCCAUGUUCUACUUCUGUCCUGAAGGGCAAUGCAGGUGUGUGUUGGGGAGGGGCAGUGUAGAGCUGUUGCCCUACUUUUGCCCCUGCUAGUUCAGUAUGUUACAAAAAAGGGCUUUGAAAAAUACCUGUGCAAUCUCCCCCUCCCCGGCCUCAUUUAAUUAAAAAGGGUAGCAAGUUUCUAGUCCUUGGUAUUUGAAGGGGAGACUGAAACGGCAGGUGAAUUUUGGCUGGAAGUGGCAGGAUUUGUUUGUGAUUUUUAAAAAAUGGGAACGAACCCUUCCUACUCUAACUAAAAGUGCUGGCUGGAUCGCCCUUCGUACCUUUUUUGUCUUCCCCUUGGUUUCAAUAAACA